AUUAGACGUGGCCGUUUAGACUGUGACGAUAUAUGUGUGUUUUGACAUGUAUGACGAGUUUCAGGUUCUGUGUUUGUAGUUCCGGUGCCAUGACCCCGGUGACAGCCCCGGCCCGCGCAGUUUGACUGACAGACCGUGUCAGCAUGUGGAGUGACCGGCACCGGGCGGCCCGACACCUGCAGCGCUUCCUCAGCGGGUCCGUGAGAGGGCGGCCUAUUCAAUAAAGCGCGAACUGUGCAGCGAGUCAGGGGGAUCUCCCAUUGUAGUAUAAACCUAUCCGAGUUACAGCACCAUAGGGAUAGUAAUUAAAGGGACACUACACCCACACUGUCACAUCCCAGUGAAGCGGUGUGGGGGCAGUGUCCCUGUCCCUUUAAUCCUGAAAUGUAAAACAUUGCCGUUUCAGAGAAAUGUUUCCAGCAAUGUUUACGUUGCCGGGUUUUAGACGGCCAAUAGAGGGAGGCGCUUCCUGGCCCUUCGUGGAGUUUGUCUCCGUGAAACGGUGCUGGACGUUCUCACACUUUGCUCAGAGGACGUCCAGCGUUUUAAAAUUUCCCGUAGGAGCACAUUGAGUCAAUGCUUUCCUAAAGGGAAGGCCUAAUGCGUGCGCCGUGCUUGCAGCGCAUGCCCAUUUUGUCCCCACCAUUAGAUUAGCUAAUAUUGGCGGAGGAGGAGCCCAACACCAGUGCCAGUAGGACAUCGGCACUAAAAUUGAAAAAGUGAAUAAGGAGUUUAAUAACACUUUAUGUGCCACUGGAGGAGGGGGGUGGGGAGAUUCCCUUUAGUGUUGGGCAUACAUCUUUGCAUUCCUAACGCUAGAGUGUUUUCCUUUUAAGUGAGAAUUGUUGGGAUUCAAAUGAUAUCGCAUUUUAAGGUCUAAAUAGACAAAUAGAAAAAAAAUAUUCCAGUUUGCUUACUUUGGCCUUACAUUUGAAUUCCCAACAAUUCCCACUUCAGUAAAUAACUGCAAGUCAGCUGUGUUUUCAGUUUGAAUAUUUUUGCCUAAAAUUUGAAAUCCCUUUUGAAUUAUAGGUUAUUUACUUAAAGGAAAACUCCAGUUGUUUUCCUGGCACUGCAGGUACCCUCUCCCUUCAGGUCACUUACCUGAGACCCUGCCGAUGUCCCUCGGCGGUGGUUUCAGGUCGGCGUCGCUCCUCCCAGUAAACACGUCAGUCGGUGGGCGAGACUGAUCCUGCCCGCCGGCUGAGGAAACAUAAUGCGUAUGCGUGGCAAUGCCGCGCACACGCAUUAGGUCUUCCGAUAGGAAAGCAUUGAAAGAGAUUUUCAAUGCUUUCCUAUGGGGAAUUGAGCGACGCUGGAGGUCCUCACACAGCGUGAGGACGUCCAGCAACGCUCUAGCAAAGAAAAUCUUUGCUAGGAACCAGGACGUGCCCUCUAGUGGCUGUCUAGUAGACAGCCACUAGAGGUGGAGUUAACCCUGCAAUGUAAUUAUUGCAGUUUAUAAAAAAAACUGCAAUAAUUACAAUUGCAGGGUUAAGAGUAGUGGGAGUUGGCACCCAGACCACUCCAAUGGGCAGAAGUGGUCUGGGUGCCUGGAGUGUCCCUUUAAGUGAAAGACACCACAAGCUAGGAUCAGGGUCCUAAAGUAAAGCCCUGUGUGCAGUUUCCAUAGCAUUGCUGGUUAACCACUGCUACUCUAGAUGUGAUAGACUUUAUAUAUCUAGGAUGCCUAGCCAGAUUGGAACGCCAAAGGUUGCUAUCCUCAGAAGUGAUUUAUAGCGAAUAGCCUACUGCAAGUGCACAGCAAGUGUCCAUAACAAACAGACCCUCACACCUUUCACCAUGAGGAGUCUCCACCAAUGUGGAUCUCUCCAUUGUGCUGACUAAGGUUCAAACAGAAAUCACAGCAGCAGACAAGUUAGGUUGAGCAGCAGUUGGACAGAUAACAGCAGACUAAGAAGACUUUGUCACUAGUGAGAGUUGUGUUAUGUCAAUUGUACAAGUGCAAUGUUUUCAUGUCAGUUUGACUUAAUGUUUCUAAAGUAAUUUGUUACAAUUAAAAAAAAAAAAAGAAGAAGAAACCCGACGAAAAUACAUUCAAUUUUUUUUAUUUAUUUAUAAGAAAGGCCAGUAAUCUCAGUAUUAACAAUACUUUUUUUUCUUUUGUUAGUGUUAAUGAAGAUGUGAAAAAAGGAGACUCAUCGGGCUCUUUUCUUUAUGAGGUAAAUAUCUUUGUAGCAAUAACAAUUAAAGUUUAUACGUAAACCAAAAUAUCCACAAUUCCUUAGUAUGUGAAACAGAUAAAUUUCAUGCAUCUGUAACUUUAAGAAAAUAAAUCAUUACCUACUCCUAGCUCCUUCAGACUGGGAUUGGCUUUAAGGGUGAAUAUUAAAAGAACACUAUAGUGUCUGAAAUAAAAACAUGUAUUCCUGUCACUAUAAUACUGCAGUGGCUAUUUAGCUCCCCCGGCCCUUGUACUGUGGAGUAAAAAGUUUUUUCUCCACUGCCAUGCUGGUCUGGCCUCUGCUGGCCCAGCAUCCAUGGCUGUGAUUAUAAAACUUGCUGUAUCAGCCAAUCCAAAUUUUUUAUUUUUUUUUUAAUAGGAAAGCAUUGUGAGUCUAUUGCGCAUGCAUGUCAAAAUGUUUGGCCCAGGGGCAAAUUCAACCUAAAGGUCCUGCAAAAACUCAGCCCCAACAAAAAAGUAUCCUCUCCCCACAGGCCAUGCUGUGGCCUUAAGGCAACUCCGGUCCUACCAGGGCCGGAAUUACCUUCCUUGCUGCCCUAAGGCCAGUAUCCUCAAUGGAUAUAUAUGCUGCUUGUGGGGUUGCACGUCUGGAAGUGGCUACUUGUGUUUCAGUUGGGACUGUAGUGGGGAAAUGGCGACAUAGUGGCUAUAUUGGGGUCAUAGGUGAUGUAGUGGGAGGGUUAAGGCUAUGGUGGGGCUAUAGGGCCUAAAUUGGGGAGGGUAGUGUCUACAGUGUGAGGAAUAGGGCCUUUAGCGGUGGGAGGUGAAGGGACUAUUGUGGUUUGUAUAGUGGGAGUAUAGGGAUUAUAGUGGGGGUGACAGAGGCUGUGGUAUAUUGACUUCAGUAUAGUACUCCCAUGUUCCCAGCUUUCCCAAGACAAAUAUAACUUGUUUCUGUUCCAGUCAUCCUCACAGUUUUAGUGCCACAUGAAACACAUCCAUGCAGAGAGCAUUGACACUUUUUCAUUCCCACUUUUCUCUAGGCCUCCUUUGCAGUGACUUGCUGUUUUAUAACAUAUUCAUUAUUUAACCUCCCUGGCGGUAAUCCCGAGUUCAUGGUGUAAAACAAUACACACAAUACAUUGUAAAAACAAUGUACUGCUUUAACAUUAAAAAAUACUGACAUAAUCAGACCGCCAGCGAGGUUAAAUGAAGGGGCUGCAAUCUGAAUGAACCAAUGCCCCACUGUUUAGGGGCUUGUCGGUAUGAAGCUGGCAUUGGUUCAGUGUUGGAAAUCUCUUUGACAGCAUCACGCAAAUCUUCAUGGAAGUUAUGCUGAAAUCGAAGAAUAGCAAACUCUUCCCCAUAGAAUUAUUGCAAUCUAACUAUCCACACUUUGUUAUCUUUCUCACACUGUAUAGUGUCUCAGGAAACAACAAUAUUUAGCAGACGUAAUUUUUUAAAAAAUAAUAAUUUUCUUUUCAACCUAGGAUGAUCUUCAAGUACAUGUGGUCAGGGCUGGCCAGUGCAAGUCAUUGGACAAUUUUUGGAGUGGAAGUGGGGUGACUUUUAUCUUUGAAAAAAAGGUAAGUGAUAUAAAUUUCCAAUGUAAUAAUGUGCGUGGUUUAUGGUAAAGCAGAGUAUAAACUAUGUCUUACUUUAUAGCCUUUCCGAUUAGAAGAGGAUUUACUGGAUGAAUCCCAGCAUAACGGCAGCCAUGUUUCUGAUCUGGCUCUUCAAGAAAGUUCCCAACCUAUGGCUGUGCCAACUAUGAGAGCCAGGUAUAUAGGUGACACUCUUUAAAACACAUACAUAACAUUCCGUAAACAGGUAAACUAUACAUACAUUCCUUUAUAAAAUGUCCUGCCACUUUCAUUUGAAAUGUCAACUGUUUAACCAUUCAUUAUUUACAAUAUGGAAGACGUUAUUAUUCAUGAUGUAUCACUUAUACCCGACAUUCAUUAAUAAAGUGUCCUGCCUCUUACUUUUCUUUAUAGUUUUAGAUACAAAUACAUUUUAGAUCCUCUCAAAAGAUAAACUUAUUGCCAUAACUAUAUGUUAAGUAUUUAUUCGGUUGCCUUCCAUGUUAAUCCACCCAUGAGACUGCCAAUAUUUAUUUUUUAUUUUUUUUUAAAACAAAUUUCUGCCCAGAUACAUAUUCAUACAGUUGAUGUACUCAAAGUGUGAUUUAUGGUUGUCUGUUUUUUCUUUUUUUGGUAAUUUCAGUAGCGUAUUCAGAAUACAGUGUGCACAACAUUAUACUUAUUUUGUAACUGUGCAUUUUUAAACCCCCUUCUCUGAUGCUCCCAAGUAUCUGCUGCUUGUGAUCGAUAUAAAACCUUGUAGCACAAACAAUUUGUUAUGGCAGAGUGCGUGUGUAGUGUAUAAAUAUCAAAUUGUAACAUAUUUAAAGUGACACUCCAGAACCCUACAGCACUUCAGCUUGCUAAAAAGCUUUCUGUGUGAAGAGUGUCUCUUUUGGUUUUUUUCCUGUUAGCUCAGUGGAGCUAAACUGAAGAGGCUGCAAUUGCCCAGAGCAGCUGCCUUACAAAGACUUCUGAUUGAGCUGCAUUGGGAAGUCUGUGAUUGGACAGUCACAGAAAGUCUCUCUUGCCUGCUUGCAAAUGCAGCAGACAAGAGAAGUGUAGGUUUUUCAAGAUGUUUUUAGAUUUACCCCCAAUGAAAAAAUGCAUAAUUAAAUACAUGCACGUUUUCAUUUGGGGUAUAUUUACUACACAUUGCAUUUUAUUUAUGUUGUAUUUGGGCAGUUGUGUCCCUUAAAGACACAGUCUGUGCUAAAUGCAUGCUAGGUAUUUUGUGUCUAAUAUCUGCCGUAAUGUUAAUGAGGAAAAAGUAAUAUUUUUACAGUCUCCUAUCUUGUAUGAAAUAAAAGAUGAAAAAUGUGAAGUAUAUUGUUUGCCUAGGUUGGUGAUAGUUAAUGAACUUUACUUCCUUUGAAAAGAAUCUUUAAAAAUAAACAGGAGAGCAAUGACCAAGAUUAAUCCUGACGGGUUUGAAUUAUAUUUAUUAUAAUCAGUUCUGUGGCUUUCUAGGCAACUCCUUUCCAGCUACACUUUGGCACAAAAUCCUAACAUGACCCAGCUGAGGGAUGGGAAGCCAGUGGACAUACUUCCUCCAAUGUGGGUGCGAUGUGACGGCUCAGAUUCUGAGGGAACAUGCUGGUUGGGUGCAGAACCCAUUAAAGCUAAUAGGAAUGAGAUAACUGGGAUGAGUUUUCGCAUGGUAACCUGUGCAGGUAAAUGAGAAUUAUCAAUCACUACAGCAGAGCUAGACACUAUUUCCCCACUGAUGCUCAGUGUUAAUAGUUUAAUUAGCUAAAACCAUGUUGACACAACUGCCCCGCAAUGUUAAAGGAAUACUUCAAGCACCAAAACCACUAUGACCUGCUGCAGUAGUUAUGAUGACAAGAGUGCCCUGAUGGCCCCCACUGUAAAUACUAUUUUAGAAUGGUGUUUUUUCCUGGGGUCUUCCAGGUGCCACUCUUCACUACAGUCUCACCAGAGUCAGAGGCUCUGUUUUACCUAAGCCUGGUGAUGCAUGGCUUACCUGGCAGAUCCCAGGUAGGAAGCCAAAGCAUUCUUUAACUGUUUAACUACCUGCAAUGGGGUGUGCCAGGACGCUUCUGACAUUAUAACAACUACAGAGUGUUGUAGUGGUUAUGGUGCAUGGAGUGGUCCUUCAACUAAUCUGUCUUCUUAACACCAGAUGAUUUAAUAUUGGCCAUCAGCAUAAGUGUAGUUCUAAAAUGUGGAACUACACUUAUUUGUAUAAAAAAAAAAAAAAAGAAAUAUAUACACAUACAGUGAAAGAGUGCACUCAGAGGACUUGAUAAAUGUUUAUAAUUCUGCUUUAUUGUGCAAUAAGAGUCAAAAUAGUUCAACGUACAUUUCAGUAUGUAAUUAUUUCUUAAUUUGGGGAUGGGGGGGACAGUGAUGACAGAGCUACUUUAUUUGAAAUCCUGGACAUAUGAAGCUUUUUAACAAUAAGGACUUAUAAGUGAAUCUAACUACAGGCCUUGAUUACUCAACAUUCUGCAUGAUUAACGUUAUCUUUUUAUUUGCUUCCUUAUGGUAAUGUUAAUUAAACCUGUCUUUGUUUCUGUUAAUAGGUCCCACAGCUGAUAAAACCUUAUUCCCUAGCUUGGAAAUGCUAAGGAAAAGCCAUAGAGAGAGGCACCAUUCAUCUGCUGUGAGUUUGUUUAGCCAAUAGGGUGACAUUAUAUAUUUUUUAUAUUCUAAGCAAUUUGUUGAAAGUUAUGUAUGUAUUAACUUACUUAUCAAUAGAAAAUAAUGCUUUGAAGGCAUUUGACAUUUACCUCAGCUAGUCUAGAUCCAUUAUCAGUAAGCAACUGCUAACCCCCAUGGUGUAUAGUUUUGAGGACCAGAGUACGCUCUGAGAUUACUGCCUUGACCAGCGUUGCAGCCCAUCUAUACAUAUAUUUUGACAUUAAGUCCUGCCAGAUGUACAUUAAAAGUGAAGUUCUUGCACAAUGUUAUUUCUAACUUAUUGUUGUUUCACAGAUGCAGACUAGGGGGUUUGCGCAAUAUGACUUAUUUGGCACCAACACUGUUGAGAACUCGGUUAUAGAAUCACAGAGCAGUGUCAUGGUUGACUUUGUCUGGAAUGGUGUGGACAGCAUCCUACAGAUUCCACCACUAACAUCAGCAGCAACAUUGGUAUGAUACACUCCCUAUUACAUACAAGUGAUAGCUUGUACUACUAUAUUAUUAUUAUCGCGAUUUAUAUAGCUCCGAUAGAUUCCGUAGCGCUUUACAAUAUUCACCUUAACAUUUAGAACAUGCCAUACUCUGUAUCAAGAAUAGUGAAAAGUGUGGCUCCCCACUCUGCAGUCGUACAUCUUUUGUAAUACUUUGCCAACCUUAAGGAUGAGCGUUUUCAAUAUUGUAGAGACUGUGGAUUUAAGCUUUGGCCACCCUUGCAUGUACUUCUGUAACUUCCCAUUAAAUGAACAUUCCAGCCUUCUAAAUAAAUAAAUCAAUGUAUUUAGAGCAGGGACGUAUUAGCUGCGAGGCAAACAAGGCAUUUGCCUUGGGCAGAAUUUUCCAGGGGGCGGCAAAAAAAUCCGCCCCCAAAUGCCCAGGGCAAAUGUCUUAUUAGCCUUGCGGCUAACUGACAAACCGGGCGGGCGGCGCUGGCGAAGAAGCACUUUCCCCUGAGCGCUCUGCUCAGUUCCCUCGUGCACUUCAGAGUGACCGGCAUCAAAGUGCUCCCUCGCCAGCGCCGCCCGACUGCCAGCCCCAGAGAAAAGGGAGAACCCCCCCAGCAUUCCCAAAGGUAAAGAGGCUGGGGGGGGGUUGAAUUUUUAAAAGAAAAAGUGAAUGUGUGAGUGAGAGUGUGUGUCUGUUAGUGAGUGAGUGUGUGUCUGUUAGUGAGUGAGUGUGUGUCUGUUAGUGAGUGAGUGUGUGUCUGUUAGUGAGUGAGUGUGUGUGUCUGUUAGCAGGGCCAGAUUAAGAGCCCAGUGGGCCUGGUGCUGACAAUUAUGACGGGCCUAAUUACAGAAUCAUAUCGACCAAAAAUAGUAAAACACUCCCAAGCGUCAUGUAUCUGAUGGAGAUGGUGCUGGAGAGAAAGAAAACAGCAGCUAUAAGAAAACACAUACAGUAGGCUAAUCUCUCACUAAUUUAUGUUUUCAUCUUUCAAGUAAAUCCAUAACCCCUAACAGCAGUGUCCAGUCAAGCAAGAAGUCAAUGGGCACGGUAAAAGGGUGUGCCACUGACACAAAUCACAUAACCUGCCAAAAGGGGCGAACAGGCCCAAAAAGAGGAUAUGACUGCCAAAAGAAUUAGAAGGCCAGCCUGGCAUGAAUGCAUGUCUGGCUGCCUGCCAAUCAUGCAGCUGGCCAACUAAGGGCAUACUAUGCAGACAGCACCGAGCUUGGCAUAAAUGCAUCUAAUGAUGGGCUUGCUCAACGCUUUCUAAGGACUGUCCCCUAACACUCGCUGGUCCACCUGUCUCCUUACCUUCUUACUAGUAGGCAGAAGCUCCUGGUAUAUAGUCUGGGACAGAGAAAAGCUGUAUGUAGUGAGUGUAGAAGAAAGGGAACAUGCCAAAGUGUUAGAAAGACCAAAGUCAGCAUUACCUUAAAGGAUCACUAUAGGGUCGGGAACACAAACAUGAAUUCAUGACCCUAUAGUGUUAACACCACCAUUUAGCCCCCCUGUGCCCCUUAUACCUCCAUAAAUAUAGCAAAAUCUUACAGUAUUCAAGCCUGAAGCUGUAACUCUGCAUGCUGUUAGACUCAGAAAAACAAGCAGUCUGCUGACAUCAUUAGAAGUGGUGGUCUAAUCCAAUCACAGUGCUUCCCCAUAGGAUUGGCUGAGACUGACAAAGAAGCAGAUCAGGGGCAGAGCCAGCAUGAUUCAAACACGGCCCUGGCCAAUCAGCAUCUCCUCAUAGAGAUUAAUUGAAUCAAUGAAUCUCUAUGAGGAAAGUUCAGUGUCUGCAUACAGAGGGAGGAGACACUGAACUCUAACAGCCAUCUAAGGAGUGGCCAGUGAAGUUAUCACUAGGCUGUAAUGUAAAGACUGCAUUUUCUCUGAAAAGACAGUGUUUACAGCAAAAAGCAUGACGGUAAUGGUUCUACUCAACAGAACAAAUUCAAUAAGCUGUAGUUGUUCUGGUGACUCUAGUGACUCUAUAUUCAUUGUCAGCCAUUCCACACAAGUUGUGUUCCCAUACAUCCCCCUUAAGUUUCCAUACUUAAGUAAGAGUAUGUGAAAAGUAGUUAGGGUUGCCACCUUUCUUGGAAAAACAUACCGGCCUUGCUAAUUUGCAUAAUUAAAUAUGUAUGGGUGACAUGAUGUAAAUCACAAGGAGUGACAUAAGAGAAAAUGCUGUAAAAUCACCAAUAAACUCUUUAGUUUGAUUCUGCUGUAUAGAUGGAUUUCUCCCAGUGCCCCCAUGUGUCGAUUACUCCAGGUCUCAGUGUUCCUAUGUAUCAGUGUCUCAGUGCCCCAUGUCUCCCAGUGUCCCCUAGUGUCGUGUCCCCAGGUCUCCCAGGGAUCCUAUGAAUCACAGUGUCUCAAUGCUCCAUGUCUCCCUGUGUCCCCAUGUAUGCCAGGGUCCCCAUGUCACUAGGAAGACGGGAAGACCUGGGGAAACGGGGAGACCUAGGGACACGGAGACACCAGUGACACUGGGAGACUAGGGGACUCUGGCUGGGGACACUGGGAAAAUAGGGGACACUUGAAGACAUGGGGAUACAGACACCAGGGACACAGACACUAGAGACACUGGCUGGGGGACAUGGGGACAUUGAGACAUUGGGGCACUGGGAGACAUGGGGACAAGGACACCAGGGACACUAGCUUGGAGACAUGGGGACAUUGAGACAUUUGAGGCAUUGGGAGACAUGGAGGCACUAGGAGACAUGGGGACAGUGAGACACUGGCAGACUGGGGGCACUGAGACACCAUGGACACUGGCUGGGAGACAUGGGGACACUGGGAGACAUGGGGACACUGUGUAAAUAAAAUGUAAAGUGUAAAUAAAAUAAAAGCCAGGUGGAAUCCCUAAGAGUAGUGUGUGAAAAAAAAAAAAUGUAAAAAAAAAACUUUUUUUUAUAAAUCAAUGGGCCUACUCCAUGGGCCUGGGCCUGGAGCUGCAGCUCCAUCAGCCCCUAUGUUAAUCCGGCCCUGUCUGUGAGUGAGUGAGUGUGUAUUUAGAAGGCGGGUAAGGGGGAGUGUUGCAGGGGGGGGAGAGGGGGAGGCGCACCUGAGUUUUGGCAUGCCUAGGGCAGCACAAAACCAGGAUACACCACUGACUUAGAGUUGGUUAGUCUAGAGGACCCCUGUCCCACAGUAAAACCUAUGAAAUAAAGGGCUGACUUGGCUCUAAUUCACUAAAGAGAGGGUCCCUCUCUCUGUUUUGCCUGCUGGGAGACUGAUGAUCUCCAGUUCAUUAAAAUGCUUCUCAGAGAAUCAUUAGGCACUGCGCAGACAGUGCUUUUCAUAGAAAAACAUUACGUUUUACUUUGUGCUGGGAUGCAAAUCGAUCAGAAAGAGCACUUUCCCAGCUGUCUGACAACUGUGAGGGUGCAACUUUAUUGUAGAUUUUAAUUUCAAAUCAGCACUUUGAUAAAGUGAUGAAAGAGCGGAUAUUCUGUUAAUUUCUAAAGCAGAGGAUUAUUUUAACCCCUUAAGGACCAAACGUCUGGAAUAAAAGGGAAUCAUGACAUGUCAUACGUCAUGUGUCCUUAAGGGGUUAAUAAUUACAAACUGCACUAUUUUCAUACAUGUCUUAGAUAAAGGAAAUAAUCAGACCAAAUACCAUUUCAUAUUCCUUAACUGUUUUCUGUCCACUUCAUUUUGUAAAACAUUUUAUAUCUUUCAGAAUAUAAAGGUGGAAUCUGGAGACCUCAGGAGCCCAGUUUAUCCUGUAUAUAAAGAACUAGAUUUCCUGCUUGUAAGUGUGCUUCAGUAUUAAUCUAUAUUAUUAGGCUAUCUUUUAUUCCUUUGUGGUGGUUUUGUUUUCCCUGUGCAUAAUUUGAUAUUUCUUACUGUUAUUUUUUUGAUUGUGAUGCCGUGUUAUUUUUUUUUUUUUUUUAAAUCAUGCCUCUGAGGAGCAAAAUUAAAGGGACACUAUCACCGGCAUAACUUUAGCUUUUGAAGCAGUUUUUGUGCAUAGAUCAUGCCUUUGAAGUUUUACUGCUCAAUUCUCUGUCCUUUAGGAGUUAAAUAACAUUCCUGGAUACUAAUCCAUGGCAGCAUCACGAUAGGGUUAGCUCCUCCCCCUUGGCUAAUACUUACAAAUAGGCCCUCCUUACCUGGUAUCAUCAGUCUUUUUUCCUGUCCUCUUGGCUGUGGACAUGAUUCAGGUAAUUUACCUUACCUUUAUUUUAUUUUAAGUUUACCUCUUUAAUUCCCAGGAGAGUUCAGCCUCUCUCUCCUGGAAGAAAUGGAAAUUUUAAAUGUUUUUAAACAAGAAAAUAUACAAGGCAGAUAUCCUUAAUAUUAGAAGAAUUCCGCAAUAAUUAUCGAAUAACGUUAAUAUAAUGGGUAUUAUGUGAUGAAAAUUGUACCGCAGUGAUCCUACGGGUAGCUGUUUUUGUUAAGUGAUCUCACGCAUAAGAGAUUUAACCGCAGUGAUCCUAAUAGUAGCGAUGCGUGGAGUAUACACUUUAUACCUUUGAUAAGUCCGCAGUGAUCGUAAAGGUAGCGGUCAUUAUGUGUGACUCAUGCUUUUCCUUUCAGGGAUUUAUAGCCGCAGUGAUCCUUAUGGUAGCGGUGCGUGUAGUAAACACACAUUGAGAAUAUAUAUAUAUAUAUAUAUAAUGUGUGUGUAAUCUGCAGUGAUCCUAAUGGUAGCGGUAUAAUGGAUAAACAUUUCUGCAAAAUAUUUAUAUCAUUUUAGGAUAUAAGUUACCUGCAUUCUUUAUAAUUUUUGCUGGUAAUGGAUUUAUAAUGGGAGACCUUCUUAUGGGCUUUUUUGCCUGUGUUCUUAGUGUUCAUUCGUUUGGAAGCUGCGUUCGGCAGUUUCCCGCCAUUUUGCCACCUUGGUCGGCGUUUUCCUUAUAGGCUCUGGUAGCAUUCGUUUGUUUCUGCGUUCGUGUGAAAAUGUCAUUCGGUUGAAUUUUCCUGUCUUCAUAUGCUUAGUAUCAGUUUGGCAAACGAAAGGUAUGUUAAUUUUUUUGUGAAUUGAAUGUUUUUUAUUCCCUUAUUUCGGCUGAUUGGGCAUGCGCAUUGAAGGUAGUUCAGGAUAAUGCUCAUUUGGUUGUUGCUAUUUAAAGAGAUAAGGUGUUCUUUUUCUCUCUCCUUGGGUUUAAGCUGAAAUUUCUUAAGAAUACUUUCUUUGGUGUUUAUUCUUGUUAGUGCAGGUUAGAAGCAUUCUUUUACCUUUAGGUUUACUCUUUUAAUAGGUAUUCUUCAUUUAUCAUUCUUUAAUUAUUGUGUAUUCCUCAAGAGGGUCUCCUUCUAGGCACUCAAGGUAAACCUUUUCCUUUUUUUAUUGGAUUAAAAGAGCGCAAAGAAAUAGUAUUUUCAAUCCUCUUCUUUCCAUUUGGUUUUAGUGUCCAUGAGUUUGACACAUCGGAAAGAUCUGUUGGAGGAAAGAAGUCUCACAAGUCUGCCCGUUGUAUUGCAUGCGAUGCUAAGGCUUUGGAAGGAAAGAAGCUAUGUUGUACUUGCUUGUCCGAAGCAGCUGGUUCUCCUAAGGAUCCAUCUCCAGAGAUUAUGAAGUGGAUCCAGAUGGCAGUAGAUAAGUCCAUGGAACAGCGGAGAGCUAAUAAGAGGCCAAGAACAACUUAUCAUAGAGAUAGAGAAGAUUCAGACUCUGAUGCCUCAUUUGUGGAAGCUCAGUCGGAGAAGGGUGAAGAGAUGUAUUCCUCAGAAGAUUCGGACUUAGUGGAAGAACACAUUGGAUAUUAAGACCAUUGAAAAAUUAAUUAAGGCUGUCAGAUAUACACUGAAGCUUGAAGAACCUAGUACCUCUAAGCCUUCCUCAUCUAUAUUUCCAGAAUUGAUGAAGAAACCUUAUUUUCCGAGUCAUGAAGCCAUUAAGAAGCUAAUGCUCAAGGAAUGGAGAAAACCCCAGAAAAGGGUCUCCGCUCAAGGGAAGAUAUCCUCUAUAUAUCCCUUUUCUGAAAAAGACACUGCUGAUUGGGAUAAUGCACCCAAGGUAGAUGCGGCCAUUAUUAGACUGGGGAGAAACACAGCCCUACCACUGGAUGAAGUAGCUUUCUUCAAGGAUGCUAUGGAUAGAAAGAUUGACAUCAAUCUUUGUAAGAAUUAUGUUUCUGCUGGAGUGGCCUGUAGACCUGCAGUAGCUAUGACUUCCGUCUCUAAGGCACUUAUGAAAUGGCUUUGUCUUCUAGAAGAGGAUAUUGAGAAGGGUGUAAGUAGGCCAUCUCUAUUACAAUCUCUAUCAGAAAUUAAAUGGGCAACUGAGUUUAUCUCAUACGCAUCUCUGGAUAUAAUUAAGAACCUAGCCAGAAAUAUGGCAUUAUCAGUUUCUGCUCGUAAAGCCCUAUGGUUAAAAUCAUGGAAUGCGGACCUAUUUGCGAAAAAUAGUUUAUAUGCCAUUAAUAUCUUGGGCAAUUAUUGUUUGGCAAGCAGUUGGAGGAGGCCAUCAAAAGAGCUGCCAAAGGCAAGAAGGUCUUUCUUCCCCAAUUUGCAGAGGUAGAAGGUUUUCCCAGAACUGGCAGGACAGAAGAUCCUUUCAGGACAGACAGUCCUUUCGAGAAUCAAGGUCCUAUAAGCCAGGGAGAGAAUUCACAAGAGGUUCAACCUGGAGAAGUGGCCAGUCUGGAAGAAUUGCCAGAGGUAGAUCCUCAACCGGUUCUAGAGUCUCAAACAGACCUUUCUGAAGGUUGGAGACCCCAAGUCUCGGGAGUAGGAGCUCGUCUCCAUGCCUUUUGGGAAACCUGGGCUCAAGCAGAUUUGGAUGCCUGGGUGGUUUCUGUCCUCAAAGAAGGAUACAGACUAGAGUUCAAGGUAUUUCCCUGUCAAAACAGAUCCACGAUCUCAAAAACUGCAGAGUUGCCAGAGAAAAGACAAGCCUUGACAAGAGAUAUUUCCAAUCUUCUGCAAGAGGGAGUAAUUACAAGAGUUCCUCAAGAAGAAAUUGGUUUAGAGGUUUACUCGAAUCUGUUCCUGGUUCCAAAACCAUCUGGAGAUUGGCGUCAGAUUUUAGACCUACACAAGUUGAAUCUGUCCCUCAACAUCCAAAGGUUCAGGAUGGAGUCCUUGUCUUCCAUAAUAGCAGUAAUUCAGCCAGAAGAUUGGAUGAUCUCAAUAGACCUGAAGGACGCCUAUUUCCACAUUCCAAUAGCAGAUCAUCAUCAAAGGUAUUUGAGGUUCGCAAUUUUGGGAGAACAUUUCCAGUUCAGGGCAGUUCCUUUUGGACUAAGUACUGCUCCAAGAACAUUUUCAAAGGUCCUUCUGGAUCUGAUAGCUAUGAUGAGACUUCAGGGCCUUCAGAUAUAUCAUUACCUGGACGAUAUUUUAUUGGUAGAGAGAUCAAGGGCAAGACUUCUAACUCAAAGAAACCAGGCUAUAAGAAUUUGUAAAGGUUUGGUUGGGUCGUCAAUUACCAGAAGAGUCAUCUGGACCCCUCCCAGAGUUUAUGCUUCCUGGGAGCAUGGUUCGACACAAAGUUAGCCAUGGUUUUCCUUUCAAAAAAAAGAAUUUGGGUCAUGUCAAAGACACAAAGGGUGAUGGACUCAGAAUGGGUCACGGCCGAAGAGUAUAUGAGCAUGUUGGGAAACCUUUCGUCAACAAUCGGUCUAGUAAAAUGGGCUCAGUGGCACCUGCGUUAUCCUCAGAGGUAUUUCUUGGAAAGAUUCAAUCAAGACAGAGACAGGUGGUCCAAGAAGAUAGUCAUUUCUGCAUGCCACCGGAAAGCUUUGGACUGGUGGAGAGAUCCUGUUCACCUCCACAGGGGGUUUCCUCUAGGAGAAAUAGAUUGGCUGAACAUAACUACAGAUGCCAGUGGUACAGGUUGGGGCGCUCAUCUCCUUCAAUGGAAUGCCCAGGGCAGACGCGUGAAAAGAGCCUCCCAUGUUCCAGCCAACCUUCUGGAACUAAGAGCAGUCUUCUUAGCCCUGACAGAUUUUCAGGAUGUACUAAUAGGAAGAUGGGUGAGAAUUCACUUGGACAAUCGUACCGCAGUGUCCUACAUAAACAAGCAAGGUGGUACCAGGAGCAAGAAUCUUCUUCUGAAACUGGAACCCAUUAUGUUAUGGGCUCAAGAGAAGAUAUUGGGUCUGUCGGCUGUAUAUAUUCCAGGACCAGAAAAUUCGAGAGCAGACUUUCUCAGCCGAAAUUAUCUGGAUCCCAAGGAAUGGCAAUUAAAUCCAAAGAUAUUCCGUCAACUGGUCUUGAAGUGGGGACGACGAGAAGUAGAUCUAAUGGCUUCAGCGAAGAAUACUCAACUUCCAAAGUUCUUUUCAAGAACUUUUCAUCCCAGAGCUCUGAACACAGAUGCCCUAUCCAGUCCCUGGGAGUUCAAGAUAGCAUAUGUGUUUCCCCCAUUUCCUCUCAUAUGGAAAACAUUGAAGAGAAUCAAGAAGGAACAUCUCCGAGUACUAGCGAUUAUUCCAUUUUGGCCUCGCAGACCAUGGUUCCCCCUCCUCAAGUCUCUUGUGAUCACCGAACCAUUGAAAUUGCCGGACAUUCCUGAUCUCCUGAUUCAGGGACCAUCAGUGCAAGGGCCAAGGACUUUACAUUUGAUGGCAUGGAAACUGAGAGGAGGUGUUUAGCAAACAAAGGCUUUUCAUCAGCUGUAAUUGAAACUCUCUUGAAGUCUAGAAGACAUUCUACCUCUUCUACGUAUUACCGCAUUUGGACAGUAUUUGCGGAUUGGGCUAAGAUCAGUAAGGUCUCUUGCUUGUCUACCUCAGUCUCUGUUUUGGAAUUUCUGCAGACAGGUCUGGAUACGGGUCUAAGCAUCAGUUCUCUACGUGUUUAGAUUUCGGCUUUAUCAGCCCUUACUGGCUACAGGUGGGCUCUGGACAACAUGGUGAUCCAGUUUCUAACUGCAGUAAAAAAGUCUAGACCUUCUAUCAGAUCUUUAACGCCCCCCUGGGACCUUCCAUUACUACUAAGGGCUUUGUCUCUUCCUCCAUUUGAACCUCUUUCAGAGGCCUCGGAUAGAUUACUUACUCUUAAGGUUCUUCUUCUUGUGGCUAUUACAUCCGGGAGAAGGGUAUCGGAAAUUCAGGCCUUAUCUACGGAAGAAUCCAACAUGAAGUUCUAUCCAGAUAGAGUGGUACUAAGAAUAAAUCCGGAAUUCCGGCCCAAGGUAAUGUCGGAAUUUCAUUUCAAUGAAGAGAUUUUCCUUCCAUCAUUUUUUCAGUCUCCUCCUACACCAGAGGAAGAGAGGUGGCACACUCUAGAAGUCUCCAGAUGCAUUUCUAUUUAUCUGGAUAAAACAGCAAGUUGGAGGAAAUCUCCUACCUUUUUUCUAAACUUUGCGGUAUUCAGGAGGGGAUUGGCUGCAUCAAAAGCCACUUUGAGCUUAUGGAUUGUUUCAGCUAUUUCUUCUGCAUAUCAGUAUCAGGAAUCUCAAGUCCCGGAGGGAUUAAAGGCGUAUUCUACUAGAUCUCUCUCUACUUCAUGGGCAGCUGCUACUAACACUCCUAUAGAAAGUAUUUGUAGAGCGACUACUUGGGCUUCAGCUAAUACCUUUAUUAAAUAUUACGCCCUGGAUGUGAGAUCCAAAGCAACCACUGAGUUUGGAAGAAAUGUUCUUUCCUCGGUCUCUUGACUCUGAAUAAACAAACACUUAUUUGAGCAUGAAUACCUUGUUUUUGUUUCAAUUCACCCUCCCAUAAAAUUAGCUUGGGUAUUACCCUAUCGUGAUGCUGCCAUGGAUUAGUAUCCAGGAAUUUAGAAAAUUUCCUCAUACUUACCGUAAUUUUCUUUUCCUGGAUACGUCCAUGGCAGCAUCUAUUCUUUCCCUACUUAUUUUUUUUUUUUUCGAGCAUGUUACUUGACUGAUGAUACCAGGUAAGGAGGGCCUAUUUGUAAGUAUUUCCUGUCCUAAACAGCCAAGGGGGAGGAGCUAACCCUAUUGUGAUGCUGCCAUGGACGUAUCCAGGAAAAUAAAAUUACGGUAAGUAUGAGGAAAUUUUCUGAAUUUGCUUCUGUCCAUGCAGCCCUUGCCACACUUCCCAUGGCUGUGAGUCAAACAGCCUACAUUAAAAAAAAAAGGUUUAAUUUUCAAUCAGAUAUUAACUUGCGUUGGCAGUUUUUAGACCCUGCUUUGUAAUGCAAUAAAGGAAGUUUAAACAUAAGAACUCUCUUUACAGGAAGUGUUUAGGAAGGCUGUGUAAGUUACACGCAGGGAGGUGUGACUAGGGCUGUAUAAACAAAGUGAUUUAACUCCUAAAUGGCAGAAUAUUAUCAGUGCGACUGCAUAGACACGAUCUAUAUACCAAAACUGCUUCAUUUAUCUAAAGUUGUUUUCGUGCCUAUAUUGUCUCUUUGACAAAUAUGCCUGUCCAUUGGCGUUAUGCUAUUUCUCUUUUGUACAAUGUAUUCAUACUGAUGUUCUACCUAUUAUCUUAUAUAUAUCUUCCUUGUGUGUGUACAAACAGUCAUGACUAAGUUAAAAAAAAAAACAAAAAAACACUUGCAUGUCUAAAGUUUGUGGGCCAAAAAUCCAUUGUUUAUUUUGAAAGUAUUUGCUUUUUUUCAUGAAAUAUAUGGAAACCUUGUAAACACUUUUUUAGUUUUUUACUGUUAAUGUUUUUUUGCAAGAUAAUGCACAAAGAAGCCUUUUAUAAUUCAGAUAAAUAUGUAUAAAUGCUUUAUAUAAAGUUAUACAUAAAAAGAAACAGUGGGUAAAACUGUUUUUCUUGCGGCAGGUUUUGGCAGACGGAUUAAAGACAGGGGUGACAGAGUGGCCUGAAACCAGUGAAAGUAAAUCGGCUGUGGAAUUAGUCCAGGAACUUUUAAAUGGUAAUUUAGUGAUUUUUUUUUUAUUUUUUUAUUCCAUACAUCUCUGAUAUCAUAUUUAAUUUUGAAUGCAUGUAUUGUUUCUUUAUGUAAAAGAUUACUGGGUGUUUUUGUUUUGGUUUUUUUCUAUUGUGUGUUCAAAAUAUAACAGCGGUAAAAUUAAUCAGUAUAGCUAAUUUAUCUCUAUCUUUUUUUGACAGAACUAAAAAAUAAACUGGAUGGGGUUAAUAAUACGGGAACCAAGAAAGAUCCAGAGGUGACUGUAUAUAUGUAGUGGGCUUAAAUUAUAUAUACAAGAAUAUUAUCAGUGAGAUUUGUUUCAGCACUGAAGGGGUUAAAGAUUGUAUUUGCAAGGUCAUCAUAAAGCAAUUCUCCAGUCUGCAUGUUGUAGGUAAUACUCAGGGGUAGUAUCGCAAUUAUUAAGUAUGGCAAUUACAUUGAGUGAUGCACAUGCCGACUGCACGAUUCAGUUGUUUUGCCUGAGGGCGCAUAAAAUAAAAAAGGAAACCUAAAUAAAAAUUGAUAGAAAGGUAGGAAAUAACAAGUGCGCCCGAAGGGGAAUAACUUCUUGUCGAGGUCUAUUGCUUGUAUACUGCUGAGGAUUUACUCCUGAGGCUUGAAAGGGUUAUCCAAACGGCCUCAAUAAAAGUAUUUCCCACUAUUUUUGCAGGGCUCAUGUAUUAUGUAUGUGCAAGUCUCGCUGCACACAUGAUGGAUGUGGAUAGUUUUUUUUUUUUUUUUUUCUUUCUGGCACUCUGAUAUGUAUUGCUUUUAAACAGGUAAUAUGGCCUUUUAACUCUUUGAUGGCCAGAUGGAAGAGAUUUACCUGAAAUGGAUCUGUGCAUGUGGCCCUAUUAACACUUUUACUGUUACUUGGUUGUGGCCUCUUGCACAGUAGUCAUUGUCAUUAGUAAUGUUAAUAAAUGUUUCCAGUAGGAACUGCACACAUCCUCUGAGUUAAUUAAUCCAAAUAAUAUGCUGGUGGUCCAGGCUCAGGGGAUGGCAAUCCCCUGAAAUACUUCCAAUGCAGAAACAGAUUCCAUCAUACUGCAGACAUUUUAUUGAAAUUAACAUGACAACGUUUCAGGCCAUAUGGAUGGCGUAACCUACCUGUUAAGAAAACACAUUCAUGCAUACUGUACUUGUAUGUGUAAUGCAGUGAUGUUAUGAUUUGAGAAAGGUGUCCAUAUGCAAAAAUGUAUUAUUAAUGUAAUAACAUGUUACAUAGUUACAUAGCUGAAAAAGAGAUUUGUGUCCAUCAAGUUCAGCCUUCCUCACAUAUGUUUUUGCUGUUGAUCCAAAAGAAGGCAAAAAAACCUAGUCUGAAGCGCUUCCAAUUUUGCCACAAACUAGGAAAAAAUUCCUUCUUUACUUCUAUAUAUAUGUGUGUAUAUAUAUGUCUCAUAUUCGGUUAAUCACAGUUAUGUUACUUUUAGAAAUGUAAGAAUUUAAGCACUAAUCUACUACCUCAGUUUUGUUAGCAAUAUAAUUUCCACUUAGAUGGGCAAGCUGUUUUCAUGCCACAUGAAAUAUGGAUAUAGAUAACAUGUCCUAUCUUAACAGUUGUAAAACUAUAACUCUCAUCAUGCUUUGCAAUAAAUCUACUUUAGUGUGAGAGAGCAUAUGCUGCAUAAAUAUUCAACUAACCUUGUAAUAAUAUAUUGUUUGCCAUUAUAGCAUGUUUUACAAAAUGAAUAAAAAUAAUUAUUUAUCUCAGUCACAUUUGAAGUAGGCUGAUUUUUAGCUUAGAAUGCAUUUUUUUAUGGUGCAGUCUGUGUGAUGGAUAAAAAUGUCCCCGAUACCUUUGUCCUGAUUUUGAUAAGCUGCCCAUCCCCUAGUGGCAAACAAUGGGUGGCUUGGGUGGACUUGAGCUGUCUGCUUGACGUCUGUGUGACCUAGAUGUGACUUCACAACUAGAGAGAUCUGUGGUUCAGUGAAUAGUAAGUUGCGAAGAGCAUUGUACUAUUUGUCAAAAUUGACCCUUUAAAUAACCAUGACAUCUAAAUCAUUCAAACCAUCAAAGUAAGAUCUCUGCCUUAACGUGUAUCAGAAGAGGGAUUAUUCCGUCAAUUAAGAAUGGCAUGUAAUCAAGAGGUAACUGAAUGUGCUACUGUCCAAUAGGACAUGUAAAGUAUGAGGUCUAGGUUAAAAAAAGGACUGUACAUAUACAACAUAUACACUUUAUGAAUGUGGUUAAAUCUCAACUCAAAUAUAUAAAAUAAAACUCCCUUUCAUGGUAGUCUUUGUACAAAGUAGAAUGCAUUGUAGCGGCAUGCAUUUGGCCUUUGAAUAUUAACGGACAUUUGCCUUUAAUAGCUCUUCCUCUCUUCUAGAAAGUUAAAAGUGACGUAGCAGCAGUAGAUAGCUCCAUCCAGUCUUUUAUCACAGAGCGUGGCGAUCUGGACUUUGCUGAGAUGGUCUGGUGCAAAAUGAGAAAAAGUAAGACAUAUAUAGAAGGUCUGUCAGCAAAAGUGGUAAUUCUGGACAAAGUCCAAAUAUAGUUUAAUAGCAAGAACUGGUAUGCAAAUUCGAGUACACACACCACUUGCAUUACAACAUUAUGUCACUCCACACACAUUCAACUUUAGAUUACUACUAUACAGUUCAUUUGCAAUCAGGAUCAAAAAAGGAAUCAAAGGAUUUAGUCAGAAAUAUUAGUACAUAGAACAUGACUUAAAUAUCUCCAGUGUAUACACAACACUAAAAAUUCUAGCAUGCAUAUUCUGGUUGCAUUUAGAAAAUAUAUAGAUGCAGAUGCAAACAUGCGCGCGCACACACACACACAAAAUAUAUGACCAAAGAUAUGCGGACACGUGACCAUCACAACUGGAUAAGCUUUUUGGAUAUCCCAUUUCAAAACCAAAGGUAUUCUGUGCAGUUGCCCCUUCCAGCCGCCUGUCUUCUGAGAAGGCUUACCACAAGAUUUUGGAAUUUGUGCCCAUAAAGCCAAAGGAGCGUUUGUGAGGUCAGACACUAAUGUUUGACUAGAAGAUCAGUCUCCCAUUUGGGGCUCCAUUUCAUCUCAAAUGUGUUCAAUAGGUCCCUACUUUGUGUACUGGUGCAGUCAUGCUGGAACUGUAAGCUCAUUUGAGUGGGGUCCUCUUCAACCUAUCGUUUCUCUAAGUUGUCUUGUAUUUGUCUUAUUUAUAGUUAAAUCCCUUCUCUUAUACUAUUGUAAAAUGCAAUGGAAUCUGUUGGCGCUAUAUAAAUGGCAAUAAUAACUGGAAAGGACCUUUUACUAACUGUUGCCACAAAGUUAGACUCACCCAAUUGUCUAAAAUGUCUUUAAAUCCUUUAGCAUUAAAAUGACCCUUUAUUGUAAUUAAGUGGCCUCAUCCAAACUGUGAAAACAGUCCCUCUCCUAAACUUUACACUAGACAUUCUAGGAGGUAGUGGUUUCCUGGUGUCUGCCAUAGCCAAAUUCUUCUACCAGACUGAAAUAAUGAUGCGUGAUUUACCCCUCCAGAGAACACAUUCCCUCUGCUCUAGAGACCGUUGGUGGCAUGCUUUACGCCAACUCAGCCGACACUUGUAUGUUGCUUGGCCAUAGAAUCCCGUUUCAUAAAACUCACGACACAUUUCUUGUGCUGAUAUUGCUUUUAGACCCAAUUUAGAAUUCUGUAGUGAGUGAUGCAAUAGAUGAUAGACCCUUUUUUUUUUUUUAAUGUGCUUCCUCACUCGGCACCCCCAUUCUGAGUAUGCAUUGCUGAAAUACCUAAAUUCAAUAAUAUACAGUGAUCACAACAUACUAUUGGUAAUAGUGUGUGUGUGUAUGCCAGCAAUUCAAAGCAAGUUAUAAACUUUAGGCCACAAUAAUAGAUUUGAAAAAUAUUUUUCAGUCAGCUAUGUUUUUAUAUAGGUUAUUUUUGUCUUAAAAAUAAUUUUGACAUUUCAGUAUGUAACCAUAUAUUUGAUCUCAUAACAAGCUUGGGUGUGUGUGAAGAAUACAAUGCACAAAUAUAUUCUUUGCAAAUUAACGUGUCAAUUGCUUUCCACCACGAAAACAAACUCUUAUUGUUUCAUACUACAUUGCUUGAACAUAAGUGUCUGAAUCUGUUUGCAAAACUGCUUUUACAUACACAGACAAAGCAAUCUAUCCAUAUUAGUGCCUAAUUUACACUCACACUAUUCAAACUAUAUGUUAAUAAAAAAUUGUAUAUGUGUCUAUAUAUACUUUUUAAUUCAUUUAUUAUGUGUAGGUGUCUCUUCAUAUCAAGAUGCAGUCAGUUGUUUCUCUCUCAUAAUCCAGGCCCUUAAACAUGGUGAAGUGCAUCCUUGGGUAAGUAUCUUGUUUCUCAUUUUGCUUACCACCCCUUUUUUAAAGCUACACCUACCACCUAGAGGGAUGAGAAGAUACAUGUGCACACACAAAGAGAUAAGCAGGGCACUUGAAGACUCAGUUAUUUUUCCUUGCUCGGCUGCUUAACUCCAGCCAGUAAAUAAACAAACAAAUAAAGAACUCAUCUGUUUUUCAUGUCGCUUUUAUUCAAGCAGACUCCGUGCCGGUCGAUGUUUCAGUCUUAUAUUGGACUUUUAUCAAGACAAAAUAAGCACCUGCAUUAUGUCCUUAUAUAGGAUACUAAUAACACAAUGUAUCAGAAAGAGGUAGCGGGAGCCCAGAACGAGGGUCUAAUAGCCCAAUAGUGCUAAUUGUAUAUUGUAUAAAAAUCCAAGUAGUUAUAUAGAUCUCAGAGCAAGCAAUCCAGCUGGUUCUAAUUGCAAAUAGAAAGAGUGAUACUGUGUAAAUAAAUAGACAAAAAAUAUCAAGUGGUUACUAAGGAGAAUGUUGAAUCCUCAUGGUCUCAAAUCCCAGUGAAUUUGUUAGAUUUUGUGUUUAUUUAUUUAGAUUCAUCGUGGAAGCAGCAGUACAUUGAGCAAGCUAAUUCAACAAUCAUACCAUGGAAGCAUGCAGAGUAUCUCUCUCUCAGGCCUCACUCCCAUCAGGAUGCUGCUAGAGAUUGGCCUGGACAAAAUGAAGAAAGAUUAUAUCAACUGUUUUAUAGGUAAGUUUUCCAAGGCCUUACCUGCUAGAGAUUGCUCAGACAUUGUUAUUUAUAGAGCAACUCUGCUAAAAACUAAUACAUUAUAUAUCACUUUGGGUGAUUUAAACAGAUUUCAGUAUUAGCAGCUGCAUUGUAAAGGAGGCUAAGAUGCAGAAGAUAUAUGAAAAUAAUCCAAAAGUCACAACUAAACAUUGCCUGUAUACAUUGCAGCCCAUGCAAGAGGCUCGGACAAAUGGCAAAAUAACAGGAGAUGCUAGAAGAAGCCACCUACCAUUCACUAAAUCACACUCAGUCAUGGUACAAAAUCAGUCACAGUUGCUGCAAAACCAAUGAUUCAACUCUAAGCAACAUAUUCAGCCUUAAUUAUUUGAAAAUAAAUCCAUGCUUCAGAUGACUGUUUUCAGUGUUAAACAUUACAGUGCAUACAGUAAUCAAGAAUGUUUUCUUAACAGGUCAGGAUCUGGCAACUUUCAAUUACCUGGUAAGAAAACCUUUUGCUCCCCUUGUCAAGUCAUAGUGUUAUAGAUUUAUGGCUUAGAUGUUUGGCUCAAGGGAACAAUAAAUGCUGUAGGACUAAUUUGUUGAUCACACAUUGUUAAGCUUAACCCUGUAUCACCCAGUGAGUAACACUGUGAUGGCCUACUUAGUUUCUACUCUGUUAAUCUGUUACACUGCACAUAUUUUCAUUAUUUGAUCAUAUUUCAUGUAGUAAAUAUUUCUCCAAAAAUAAAAAGUUGGUUUCCUAUACGUUAAGAAAAUGGAAGAAAUAGAUCAGUUUCUGUUGGGUAGGUGAUGAGACUUUGUCUCUCUUCCAGGAUUACUUCAUUACUCCUUCAGUAGAACUAGAGGAGCAGGUACACCGGGUGAAGAAACUGCAUCACAUGUUGGAAGUGGUUGUUAUUUGUAAUGCCUUUUUGACACUGGGGCAUGAGAACCUUUUUCCGCUCACACAGUAAGUUUGCAAUCUGGAUAUUACCUGUUACCAGACUAAUUGGAACAAAGAGCACCGAUUAGUCACCAGGAGAGUAGUUCUCUGGUGCCAUUGUUUUACUAAACUAUGUGUAGAUUUCUAUUUGGUGAUAAAAAUGUACCAGUAAUUCUUAUACACAUUUUAUAUAUAGAACGCCAAUCAUUUCUGAGCUAUGUAAUGGUAGGUUCACUAAUUCUUUGCAUUUCAAGCUGGUAGCCACCUAUGAGAAGAACAUGUUGUAUUGUGAUUAUUUAUUUGCAGAUACCAUUUGAAAAAGAUGGGCUAGCAAUGCUGCCCUCGGCUGAUGUAUUCAUAUAAAGAAAUAGAGCAUGUGUUAUUUUCAUAGCAUGCACACUCUGUGUCCUCUUGGAUGCUCAAAUAAAUGACAUAAAAAAACAACUAUUAAAAACAAUUUUGUGCUUAUUGCUCUGAAUAUUAAAAUUAAUAGUAAAAAGUUAGCUAGGAUAACAGUAGAGUCUGACCCAAAACCGCUGCUCAUCCAGAUAAAAUAAAGUCAAAUUUUCUCAAAAAAUAAAUACACAUCAUCAAAAAAAUUUAAUGCAUUUUUAAAAAACAAAAAGUGAAAAUUUGUUCUUAAAGACUAAAAAGGCAGACAAAAGCUGGAUUUAUGUUAAAGAAGGUUAACCAUAUUGGGGGGGGGGAGAGGGGGCAAUGUCCAUGUCAUUUUUGUAGUAAGUUGUUAUUUUUUAUUGUCACUUGAUGUCCAGGUCAUGUUUGAAGUACUACAAGGAGAAUCCCUGGAAUGAACAGCAUGUCUUCCAACUACCUAUUCGUCCAAGCAUCAUUAGUCAUUUUUACCAGGAGUGAGUUAAAUUUUGUAUGCAUCUAUAAAUACUGGUACAGCUGUACGUAUGAGAUCUAAACUACACUAUAUGGUGAUGUCUUGCUAUGUAUAGUCUGCUCAAAGCGAAUUUUAUUCACUAAAUGGGGACAUUUGAGAAUUCACCAGGGAACUGCAAAGUUCAAUCCAAAAUAGCCAAAUUGGAAACAUCCUCUUACUUUGCUUUUUUGGAAUAAAAUAAUAAAUUCCUAACAAAUUCUGUAGUACUCCUCAUUCUUCAUAAACCUAAAAUUCUGCAAAACCAUGUAAAAUCGGUGUCUAGAUUUGUGGAAUCUCUAUUAUUACAAUAAGUUCAUCCAGGGAACAAUCUGUGUUUAAGUUAAUUAUUUAGCUGAACUUGUUCUUGAGUUUUAUAUUCUGGUGCAUAUUUAUGGCAUUUUUUAUGUAUAUUUCUACAGGUCACAUCCACACAUUUGGAGAGUCGAAGUGCUCAGUGGGCAUGGUCAGAAGGAACUGAAAACUAGCUGGCAGCUGAGUUCCCGGUCUGCUGUAGAUCACGUUUGCUUUGACAUUCCAGGUACGUUGCCUCAGAGCCCAUUCUAGACACAGCUCUGCAGAGAAAGGUAUUGACCCACUGAGCUUGCUCUAAGCAAACACUGCUCCUCUCCAUGCCGGUGGUGCCACUUUGGGUGCUUUCCUGGCAGGCACAUCCCUACCUAAUGCAUUCUUAAUAUUUAAAUAGGACUCUAAAUUACAUGUGUUUCUGACACUAUAGAUCAGGCUGAAAAGGUGAUUUUACUCGCCUUUUAUCCCAUGCCAUGCCAGUCUCACAAUGGCUGGCCCAGUCUUACUUCACCUCCAUGACUGAGAUCAUCAUAGGAAAUCAUUGGGAGGCUAUUAGGCAUGCGUAGCAAAAUGUUGUGCUGCACCAAUCAGCUUCUACUCAUGCUUUGAGUCAAGGCAUCUCUAUGGGGAGUGUUCAACGUCUCCAUGCUGAGCGUGGAGAUACUGAAUGCUAGUGCUGCACACAGUGCAGCACUGGACUAGGAAGCGCCUCUAGUGGCUGUCUGAGUGACUACCUCUAGAGGUGUUACUAGGCAGCAAUGUAAGCACAUGUGUUUACAUUGCUAAAACUGCAUGGACAGGGUAUAGACCACAGAACCACUACAUUAAGCUGUAGUGGUACUGGUGACGAGUGUCCCUUUAAGGUCAAAUCGUUUUUUGUAUAUGUAGCCCUAGCACAGCUUUCCUGGCUGAGACUGCAGAGGCACGGACUAUAUACCAAAAUGUUUUAUGACUGAAUAUAUAUAAACGUACAUAUAUGUAAAUGAUUUUAUGUAUUUUGAAAAUUUCCGCACCUACUAAUUUGUGACAGAAGCCGCUUGUGUGUGCAAUAAAAGGGUUUAUUCACUAAACAGGAAAGUGUGGUCUAUUGAAAACUAAAUUUCUAAGCCCAAAAUUGGCAAACUAAAUGUAGGCUAAAAUGCGAAUUCAAUCAAUUACUUUGGAUUACAUUUUGCAGUUCAGUUUUCAGUGCACAUCAAUUGGGAUUUUGACCGUGUCUUUUGGAGAUGCUUAUGAAAGAGAGAGAUAAUUUCUUCAGUGUGUAACGCUCCAGCUGCAAUAUCUCAGAAUCACAGGUCCAACUCCUACCUAAGAUCUACUCUGCAUUCCAUACUUCCAAAGUGAAAUGAUUACUUUUAAAUCGCAUUAUAAUAAAACAUCUAAACCACAGGAUGUGUUUGGACACUAGUCUAAAGCUGAAUGUAUUAUUCCUUGUACUUAAUUACAAUAUUUGUAAAUAUAAAAGCAACUGUGUGAAAAUAUGAAGAAGGAAAAGAAAUGUGUGUAUUGCACUCAAAAUAUUUUGUGUCUACGCUAUUAUGUCACUUUCCCCUCAAUUUCUACUUUCCCACCAACCCAGAUGUGCCAGUUGACAUGACACUGAGUGGAGAGAGUGAAGAAAUUCAGUAUUACCGCACACAGGUCAGCUGCAGCCAAGUGCACUUCGUCUGAAAGUUCCAUAAUCCGGUACGGCUUCAGUGAUCUGCUUUUCUGACACCUCUGUGAGAUCUAUAGCAACUGCACUCAUUCCUGUUGAGAACCUCUCAGAAUCUAACACAUUAUGCAGGGCACCCGUGAUAGAAAAGACAUAAUCAGCAAAUUAGUAUUUUUCUGAUGAGCUAUCCUGGAAAUGUGCACCUCUUGGAAAAUUAUGUUUUGGUGGGGAAAAAAAUUUGAUUAAUAUUCUAAAUGGCCAAAAGAGCACUUUAGCGUGAGGAAUACACAUUUUUACUUCUAAUGCAUUAUUGUUCCUUUAAAUAAAACACUUAUACACUGGAGGUUAUUUAUAAGGAUUAUAAUUUUGCAGCAAAGUAAAGCUAUAUGCAGGAGUAUUCAGUGGUGACCGUUCCAGGAAAUUUCACCACACGUGUUCUUUAAACAUAAGACCAAAUGUGAUAUUUUUGAAAAUUUCUUUUAGUAAAUAUAUUUGUUUUUGAUAAAAUGUAAAUGCAGAGAUAAAAGUCUGGAAGUGCACCAGAAGGUUCCUGGUGACUGCUUCAAUUUAAAAAAGUCCCUGAAUUGUUAUUUCUUUUUUUUUUUUCUUUUUGACCCUUUUGUUAUGGUUCUCAAAAAACAACACCUUAACUCAAUGUCUGUUUAGUGCAGUAUUUUUCUAUUAUUAGGAAUUAAACUCCGUUCUUUUAUUUUUCAUUGUUCAGUCCUUAAAGACUAUUUGGCACUGUGUUAAAUUGGCCAGCACAUCAAAUAUAUUCUGCUGCAAUCGAUAUGUGUAAACCCAAAUGUCAAUUUUAUCAAAUCAGAGUUGGAGAAUGAAAACACAAUGGAAUUUUUUUCUAAUUAACAAUUUCUCAAUUCUACAUCACAUUGCGCCUUCAGAGAAGAGUUAACAGAAAAAUAACAUUGGCACAGUAACUAUGCAUUGCAGAUCAGAAAAUUAAUCUAUUAAUUUCAAACAUCUUACAGCAUUGUAAAGGUUUUAACACAAUGCACACUGCUCCGUGCUACCAAGAAUAAACCACCAUUUUAGCAUCUUGCCAUACUGAAAAAAGUCAACUGAGCAGUUCAAAAAGGGCAAGUGGUUGAAGACUAUUACACAUGAGAUAAAUCAAUACCAACAGGGUUAUUCGCUAAAGUGAGAAUUUAAACAAUUUCAAAUUUAAGGUCACGGUAGCCAAACUGAAAGCAUAACUGACUUUGAGGAUUUUCCAGUUCUGCUACUUUGACCUUAAAGUUAAAAUUCAUUUUAAAUUCUCACUUUAUGAAGAAAAAUAAAAACAACUUGGUUGGUGCUAUAAUAACGGGCUGCCUAAUACCUGUGAAGCAGAGUCUUUGUACCGAAAGCAAUAUAUAUCCUGCUUUUAUUUAGUUGCUUAGUUGGUGAAUGCUACUCCGCCAUGUUUCUUUGAGGAUCAAUGAAUUAAUUUGUCAUACACACUCAUUUUCAGAAAACGAACAUCAGUGCCUAAGAGUGCAGAAACCAGGAGCUGGUUGAUUGUUUCAUCUGAAAGUAUACUUCUCGUGCCUUGGGAUUGAGCUUUUUCUAAUGUAUAUUAAAUAUAGCCUAAUGGAUGUUCCCCUGACUCAGACACUAAAAUCAAAGUUAGAUUGUCUCCUAAAUAUGUCUCUAGUUUUUACACUCUUUAAAUGUUUGUAAAGACCUGCCCUAAGAAAUUUGUAUAUACACAUCCACUUCAUAAAGUGCAUUGGUUGUGCUGUACUCUAAUUCAAUCCUCCUUUCCUUCUGCAGGAUCAUGGAUGAGGGAUCCGACCAUGUAGUUCAAGUCUUCAUGACUGGCAGCCAUUGGCUGUUGCACUUAGUUGGCAUAUUAACUCGGCACCACUGUUCUAGCUUUGUCUUCGGAGGAGAAUCAUCAGGAGGAUGGCACUGAUGAGGAUGCAGAGUGUACAGACUGUUGGCACCACAAUCUCUGUCACCAUUUCCAUGUGGGAGACUAAGGGGUCUACAAGAGAAAUAUGCAUUUAAGUAUAGCAUGUUGCUUUAAUGUCUUUUUAAAAACUGUUUCACUACUCAAAUGUCUCAUUUCUGUUAUCAAACUUUUUUUGUUGCAUCAGUUAGUCUAUGAUCAUUUGGAGUUGUAAGCUCAGUGUGUUUUAAUCACAGUGGAAUUGUUUUUAUAUAUAUAUAAAAAAAAAAAAGAUUUAAAGGGGGCUGGCCGGACUGCUGAGCUGAUCAGUCGCACACAGUUGGAGCUCCGUGCAGCAUCGUGCUUUAUACCUACUUUGUAGACCCUUCACCCGCAUUUCCUAAACAUGAAAUAACCUACUACAUGUGGGAGCAACGUUGCCAACCAAUGCACUGGUAUCCCUGCGGUGGACUCUCCGGCAGCAUGACUGUGGCCUACCUGGCAUUAGGGAACUUGAGGAGCAGCCGAUCUCGCGGUCUCUGACCAACCAGGAGUUGGGCCCUCGGCGGUUAGACAAACCCCCCCUGCCGGUGAGGAUUAUCCCAGCACCCACAACAUCAGACACCCUUGAGCACUUGCCUACGCCAGUACCUGCUCAUUGCUGCAGUAUGUGCACUCCUAAAAUGGCAGGCGAACCGGGCACGCAGGCAGGCACUACAGAACAGCUACAACGGGCUAUUCCUAACCCAGUAGACAGAUUAAUGCAGCAGCUUGAUGAAGCCUUCUCAUGGUUCUGGGAAGAGCUUUAGACUCACAUGGCGAAUGUCUCGAGACUAUCCCAAGAGAGAGAUGGGAGAGGUGAGCACAGGGAGAGGGUAAGCCUCCUUCGGGUACAGCCUCUCAAGCAACUCACGCCACCAGCGAUGUAAGCCCACCUGGGCCGAAAGCCACAAGGGGCCUAGUCCCCAUGCAUCAACCACACAGACAGAAGGCAACCUGUCGCUGGCUGCGCAAGACCAACACUGCCUCCUGUUCGCUCAUAUGGGAGAAGGUCAGGGACUUUCAGAGCCUCAGAGACCACAGCUCGAAGAUGCAGGCUUUAACAAGCGCCUGGGGCUGGAGGGAUGCCUCCCCUUGCUCCCACCACUCUGCUACCUUCAUCAGUCGCCUAGUGAGAACCGUGCAGAGCAUCAACAUGGGAAUCGGAUGACUGCUGACAAGUACCGUAAUGCUGCUCCACACUGGACACUUGAGCCACACUGAUUUCUGCAGAAGCUAGCUCACUGUUCAACCCUGUCUGAUGAAGCAGCUAAAUGUUUAGACUAGUAUUUCCAUACUGUGGCCUAAAGUUACUCCUCGUGAUCAUUUAACCUGAUGCUACAUUUAAUCUACACAUAGAGAUGCCACUCACACUAAUCAACGUAUCUGCUACAUGCAUGCAUUCUCUUUUAGACCACAUUAGAUUACUAUCUAUAGGGCUACUCAGCUUGCUUUUACCUUUACUGUCUUGAGUGUUUAUAAUUUUAUUUCAUUUGUCUAGACCUGCUUAAAAGAUAGCUAACUACCAUAUGCUCACGCAAUCUAGAGGUACCUGACUAGCAUGUUAUAAACUACACAUACAUACUGAAUUUCACUAUGGAGAUUCAUCAGUUAAGUUGAGCUUGUUUAUGUAUAACAAAAAUGUGCAACUACCUAUGCCACUGUAUCACCUGUAUAUCUUUAUGUAUGCUGUUGUGGCGUUUGAUGUACCUACCUGCACAACAAAAAUAAAAAGAUUUAAACACCUUCUAAAACCUUCUCUUAUUAAGCCUUUUGACCAUCAGAGUUUUACAGACAACUUUGAUAUUCAGAAUGUUUCCCUUAAAUUAUUAUGACUUUGACGAAGUUGUCAAUAUACUCUACCAGCUACUCUUUUGGAGAAAGACGAGAGGAAUGGGCUUAAAAUGCCUUUAUGCUGUUUCGGGGCUUCAGUAAUUAGAUAUCAGUUUACAUGUUUAGGGGAGAUAUUGUGUUAUAUGAAUGAUGUGCAGUUUCAAUUACAUUUUCCAAACUAAUAUAUAUAGCAUU